GGCCCCAUCCAAAGGGUCCUUGAAGGUGAGAUGUGUGAAUGUGAGCAUGUUGAACCAACUUUUGGUGACAAUGCAAAGUUGACAGACAGAUUCUGGUUAUUCAGUAGGCAUUGAACCCAUUUUGAUCGCAGUUCUAUAGCGCCCAUGAAAUCCUAUUGUGUGUGUGUUCUGACGUGUGCAUGUAAGUAGAGAGGAAAUUAAAUGUGUGUGGUACUGUAUAGCAAAUACAUGUAGGCUUACAUAAAGGAAUAUAUAUAUAUAUAUAUAUAUAUAUAUAUAUAUAUAUAUCCUAGAUAGAAUGAUUCAGACUGUAGUCAUGACAAAGAAACAUAUGACUGUCUGUAUCUGUGAGAAUGAUGAGGAAGGGCUCUUUACUCACAUAAAUCUACUCAUCAUGUUCAGAGGCUGUCGUAUAAAUUACAGGCCUUGAACCAGGAGCUAUGAGUAAAACUUCUCAAAGUAGCCUUUUCUCCUAAAGCCUGGCUUGGAUAUUCCACAAAGCAGUCCUUUUGGAUAUUACCUAAUUGUUUUUGAGCAAGGGAGGUUUGACGCAGGCGUACUGAAGCAGGGAGAGAGUUCUUGGCAUAUUUUACUUCCCUCGCUGCCUCCAUAAACAGUACUGUACUGCCAAUAAACUGGAGUCAGAGCUGAGAGGCGUGGGGCUUCACUCUCUCUUUGUCCCAGUCUCUCUUCUUUAUUUAUCUCUCUUUCACUCCCACUAUUCAUAUUUCUUACAUUUGUGCUUGUUUCCUUUAAACGGCUAUCUCUCAGUUGUCUAACAUUCCUGUUUUUUCUUUCACUGUUUUUCCUCCUUCUCCCCUUACUCUAUCUGUGACUCCUCCUUCCACGCUUUCUUGGCCUCAGUCAUGUGGGCGCUCUGUUCAAUAAAUAUUUGCUGAAAUACGAGCUUACCCAUAUGAGCUGUGACUAAGCCUGCUCUCAACAAACACACUAAACACACAAAGACUCACACACACAAUUAUAAACAGCACAGAGCACCCCAGACAGUUUUGACGCAUGGCAGAUAAGCCAACACUUAUCUGUGUCUGUCUUUGGUCUGUUUUACGACCCCCCUCUCCACACACACCUAAUUAAUAUUAAAUAGAUACAGUAUAUUGCUUUACAUUAGGGCACUGUCUACCUAGAUUUACAUUCAUAUUAGUUCUCUAUUGAGUUUUGUUCUUAGUGAUUGUUUUGCUGUUUAUGUAGUUGUUUUCUUCACCAUAGUGUUUACAGCUGGUGCUUGUUUCGAGUGGCCAAACCUCCCUCACGUUCUCUUUUGCCCCUCGCAGAAUUCUGCUGAAGGAACAUUUUGCACAAGCUUUAGAGAAAGGACAGAACAUUACAGUCUGAUUGAAUGUGUUUACAAGAAAUGCCCCCAAAAAACUGUAUGUUUCAAUAUGUAAACAUUGAGGAGAGAUGUUUGGAAGAUGGAAUGUAAGUGGUGAAGUAAAUUACAUGGGCUGUAAACAUUAGCUAAACGAAUUCAAACAACAAUUAUAUUUACUUGUGAUUAUUAUUAUUUUUACAUUAGAACGCCCAUAUGGUAGAGAGGCCUUAUUUCUAUACAGUCUUUGGCCGAGAUGCAAUAUUGAAAGACACGUAAAACAAACGUUUGGGGUAGUACUGUUUGUCCUCGCUGCCAGUCCGUAGUAGGCCUUGAAACGAAUGAAAGCUAACAAGCUAUCUAACUACCUAAGGUAGGUAAAUAGUAUGAAUGUAUAGUUCUAAACAUUUUGCGACCACUUACCAAAAUGUAACUUUACUCCACAAAAUAAACUGCGUUUGGUGGUUGAUAAAAGGAAAGAUCACGUUUAAGUCAUCAUAGAAGCUAGCUAGCUAUUUAGCCAGCGAAGCUAGCCAGCUAGAUUUUCACAAUUUAUCUGCCUAGCUUCCUGCAAUAUUAUAUGUUUGUUCUGACCACGUUAGCUAACUCUUGCUGACAACUUGCCAGUACAAAGUAAAUGUGCCAUAAGUUGCGAACAAUACAGCUACCUAGUUAUGUAACCUUACUGUUCGCUAGCUAGAUAUGUUAGCCAGAAGAUUCUGACCCUACCGUUAAGCUUGUUUACAUUGAGCUGCACUGGGGUCAGAACGUAAUCAUGGUUAGAUUAAAGGCCCAUUGCAGUAAAAAACGUGAUUUUCCUGAGUUUUAUAUAUAUAUUCCCACAUUAUGUAGUUGGAAUAAUACUGUGAAAAUGAUGAUCAUGCCUUUAGUGUAAGAGCUCUUUGAAAAGACUGCCUGAAAUUUCAGCCUAUUUUGGUGGGAUGGAGUUUUGGCCUGCAUGGUGACAACACCAGGCGGUAAAUUAGUUAAUAGACCAAUGGGCGGUAUUAGAUUGUGCUGAGCUGCGGGGCUCAGUGACGUGAAUGGGCAAAAGCGGUGAGGGAGGAGCACCCUUCUCAAAUUGAAAAUAAAUCUACGGAGCAUGGUACAGUGAGGGAAAAAAGUAUUUGAUCCCCUGCUGAUUUUGUAAGUUUGCCCACUGACAAAGAAAUGAUCAGUCUAUAAUUUUAAUGGUAUGUUUACUUGAACAGUGAGAGACAGAAUAACAACAAAAAAAUCCAGAAAAACGAAUGUAAUUUUUUUUAUAAAUUGAUUUGCAUUUUAAUGAGGGAAAUAAGUAUUUGACCCCUCUGCAAAAAAUGACUUAGUACUUGGUGGCAAAACCCUUGUUGGCAAUCACAGAGGUCAGACAUUUCUUGUAGUUGGCCACCAGGUUUGCACACAUCUCAGGAGGGAUUUUGUCCCACUCCUCUUUGCAGAUCUUCUCCAAGUCAUUAAGGUUUUGAGGCUGAUGUUUGGCAACUCGAACCUUCAGCUCCCUCCACAGAUUGUCUAUGGGAUUAAGGUCUGGAGACUGGCUAGGCCACUCCAGGACCUUAAUGUGCUUCUUCUUGAGCCACUCCUUUGUUGCCCUGGCCGUGUGUUUUGGGUCAUUGUCAUGCUGGAAUAUCCAUCCAUGACCCAUUUUCAAUGCCCUGGCUGAGGGAAGGAGGUUCUCACCCAAGAUUUGACGGUACAUGGCCCCGUCCAUCGUCCUUUUGAUGCGGUGAAGUUGUCCUGUCCCCUUAGCAGAAAAACACCCCCAAAGCAUAAUGUUUCCACCUCCAUGUUUGACGGUGGGGAUGGUGUUCUUGGGGUCAUAGGCAGCAUUCCUCCUCCUCCAAACAUGGCGAGUUGAGUUGAUGCCAAAGAGCUCCAUUUUGGUCUCAUCUGACCACAACACUUUCACCCAGUUCUCCUCGGAAUCAUUCAGAUGUUCAUUGGCAAACUUCAGACGGGCAUGUAUAUGUGUUUUCUUGAGCAGGGGGACCUUGCGGGCGCUGCAGGCUUUCAGUCCUUCAUGGCGUAGUGUUACCAAUUGUUUUCUUGGUGACUAUGGUCCCAGCUGCCUUGAGAUCAUUGACAAGAUCCUCCUGUGUAGUUCCGGGCUGACUCCUCACCGUUCUCAUGAUCAUUGCAACUCCACGAGGUGAGAUCUUGCAUGGAGCCCCAGGCCGAGGGAGAUUGACAAGUCUUUUGUGUUUCUUCAUUUGCGAAUAAUGGCACCAACUGUUGUCACCUUCUCACCAAGCUGCUUGGCGAUGGUCUUGUAGCCCAUUCCAGCCUUGUGCAGGACUACAAUCUUGUCCCUGACAUCCUUGGAGAGCUCUUUGGUCUUGGCCAUUGGUGGAGAGUUUGGAAUCAGAUUGAUUGAUUGCUUCUGUGGACAGGUGUCUUUUAUACAGGUAACAAACUGAGAUUAGGAGCCUCCCUUUAAGAGUGUGCUCCUAAUCUCAGCUCGUUACCUGUAUAAAAGACACCUGGGAGCCAGAAAUCUUUCUGAUUGAGAGGGGGUCAAAUACUUAUUUCCCUCAUUAAAAUGCAAAUCAAUUUAUAACAUUUUUGACAUGCGUUUUUCUGGAUUUUUUUGUUGUUAUUCUGUCUCUCACUGUUCAAAUAAACCUACCAUUAAAAUUAUAGACUGAUCAUUUCUUUGUCUGUGGGCAAACGUACAAAAUCAGCAGGGGAUCAAAUACUUUUUUCCUUCACUGUACAUCAUCCAGUAACAUACAACAUCUCUUUUCCACAAAAUCUAUGUUUGAAUUUUCAAACAAGUUUUCAUUGGAAAGGCAGAUAACGCGUUUUUAUCAAAAGCAAUCACUUUUUAAUGUGAAAACACAGAAUCCUACUCAUAACUCCACGUGCUUAAAAUACGUCACUUUUGUUUUGAGCCAACUUUGCCGUGGGCUUUGAAUGGGGCACAUGGCUCACGCCCGGGAGGCAGCCCAGUUCCAAAACGAAUGCAAUCAACUUUCCCCCGUUGCAAAACACACCUAUCCGGGCGCCCGGGCCAGAUUAAUCAAAUCCCCUCAGUAAGAGAAUGUGUUCCAAACCUCUGCCAAUAACAGCUAGUUUUCCAUUUUACCCUCCCCACAUAGACCACUCCCAGACAGUCCUAACAAAAUUCUUGCUUGAGAAAUUGCUCUUUGCUAAGAAGCUAUUUUUGUUUUUUUGUUGACCAUUUUAAUUGAAAACAGUCACAGUAAGGUACUUAAUUGUUACCCAGAAGUUAUUUGAUAUUGAGAGAAAAACGGCAGCAUUGGACCUUACUGUGGAUCGGAAAACCUACUUCAAUGCAGAGAUGGGAUGUGACACUGUACUCUAAAUUUUACCUAUAUCCAAACUGAUACAUCGAGAAGAUUGAAAUACUGCUAGUUUUCCGGAAAGCUGCCCUUUGUGUCCUCGUGCUAGCUAGCAGUAGCCACCGCCCCCAUUUUGGAAUGGCAGUGUCAGCCAAUCAGCUCCUUUGUUGUCUAACGCAACAUGCCAUUUGAUAAUGGCUGCUGUGGCUACUGCUGGAUAGCAUGAGGACGAAAAUGGCAGCUUUUCUGAAAAAUAAGCAGUCGUUCAAUCUUUCCAGUGUAACAGUUGGGAUAAUGGUACAGUUCAGAGUACAACACAAUUUCUCAUCCCCAGAGUGUUAAUCUAAGCAUGAUGACGUUCCGACCCCAGUGCAACUCAGUGUAAAGAAGUGUAACGGUAGGGUCGGAAUCUGCUGGCUAGCUAUCAUGUGUGCAAGGCAUGUCUAUCAUGUUGCUGCUUAACCUCAAGUGAAACUAAUUUGAUGAAUGCAUUUUGGACAUCUCGUUACCACAGGCAACAUCAUGUCGGCGGACACUAAAAUCGCAGAGCUUUUAACAGAGCUCCAUCAACUCAUUAAGCAGACGCAGGUAAAUCUCAACCAAUGGUUGCUACGCCCAAGUGCUGUUGUCAUCAGGAGCACUGACCAGUAACUCAGGGACCACAGUGGAGGACGGUCAUUUGAUGAAUAAAUAGCUACCUAGCUAGUGAUAUUCAAAUGUGACUCCUAUGGCUCAUAUUUUUACAUCAUGCCAUCAUAGGGAUUGAAGUCACAUUUGGGAGUAAUGUAAUACCUAGCAAUACAGAAUAGGAAUGAUAUGCAGAGAUCAAAUUAAAUCUCAUUGCCAAAAUAUCAGUCACUGUAAUACAUUUAAAUUGUGUGUGCACAUUAUAUGUUAUUCUUGCUGAUAUAUUGCAUUAUUUUGCACCUAUGCAACAACCACACAUUGUAAUAUAAAUCCCUUUCCUUCUCUUUUUCAGGAGGAGCGGUCGCGCAGUGAACACAACCUGCUCAACAUCCAGAAAACACAUGAGAGGAUGCAGACUGAGAACAAGAGUGAGCCUCUACCUCGCCUCCCCACAUUCCCCUUUGUCCAUCAACACUGCAACACUAUUUUAUAACUCUUCAUAUCACUGUUACACACCGUUUCUGUUUAUGUGUCAUCUGGCUAAGCCUUUACCCCACACACACACACGUUAUGUUCUUCUAUCCUUGUGGGGACCUAAAAUUAAUUUCCAUUCAAAAUCCUAUUUUCCCUAACCCCUAAACCUAACCUUUACUCGUAACCCUAACCCCUAAAAUUAAAAUUGCCUUUGUCCUCAUGGAGACGUGGGAAAUGUCCCCACGAGGGAGAAUUUUCCUUAUUUUACUAUCCUUGUGGGGACUUUUGGGGAUUUUCGAUCCCCACAAGGAUAGACAAACCAACACACACACAGUGUAAAAGGUGUUAUUCUUGUCCCCAUCUCCCCCAGCCUCCCCUUAUUACCGGACUAAGCUGAGGGGACUCUACACCACAGCCAAAGCAGACGCUGAGGCAGAGUGCAGGUCGGUAGCCUACACUGACAUCCCUAUGCCCCUUGAAGUGUCCACUGAUCUAAUAUGAUAGGGUUGGUGUAAGCCAUUUAAUGUAAUGUUUCCUUUCAUCUAUCCAACUGUGGUAGUUCAGUGAUUAGAUGUGUUUUUGUCUUGCGUUCAGAAAUCAUCGCCACCAUGUGGAGUAAGUAAGUACAGCUCCAGUCCAAAGUAAUAAGUCGGGCACCACUCUUUCUCUCCUACAGUAUUCUUCGUCAUGCCCUCGACAAAAUUGCAGAGAUCAAAUCCUUAUUGGAGGAGAGGCGAAUAGGUAAGAAGAGUAUGGCUGUGACUGAAUUCUCAUAAUAGCCUACAUCCCAUUUAGGAAGAAGAGGAGACGAGGAGAAGAAGCCACUGUAUACUAUUGAGAUGCAGCCCAUACCUCACUCUCUCCUCUUCUCUCUCAGCGGCUAAGAUGGCAGGGGUCUACAGCGACAAUGACCCCCCCAGGAAGACCAUGCGGAGGGGGGUGCUGAUGACGCUGCUCCAACAGUCAGCCAUGACACUCCCGCUGUGGAUCGGCAAGCCAGGAGACAGGUAGGGUCUGAGUCAGUCUCUCUCCUGAGUCCUGUUCAGUAGUGCACAACAUAGCAAAACGUUUUGCAACAGGAAACUAAAAUCUGUGUUCUUAUUGUGUACAGUUUAAGUUCAGUACCUCCCCCACCUUUCUUCCACCUGCCCCUUUAUUCUGUCCUCCAUUACUAUAUUACUCCCCCCACUCCUAAAACCCUCCAUCCUUCCCUGUAUCCCCCUCUCCUCCAGUCCUCCUCCCCUGUGUGGGGCGAUGCCAGCCAGCAGUGACUACGUGGCCAAGCAGGGGGACAAGGUGGCAGCGCGGGUCAAGGCCGUGGACGGGGACGAACAGUGGAUCCUGGCCGAGGUGGUCAGCUACAGCCACUCCACCAACAAGUAACUAUCAGCAAAUCAGCUCCAGCCACUGUUAGCCAAUCAAGUACAGCCAUGUACCACUGUUAGCCAAUCAGCUACAACACAGACUGUUUUGAGUUGUAUUCUUCUGCUCUGUCCUUCAGGUACGAAGUGGAUGACAUUGAUGAGGAAGGAAAAGAGUAAGUCAAUGUCUUCAUUUUCUACAUUUCUCUUCCUACUAUUUUGUCUUGUAGUAAAUUAUAUUUUAUGCCCUGAAAAUCUCACCUCGGAUAUGAUGACAAUUAUCUACUCUACUUCUUCUCCGCCAUCUCCCAUCCUCCUCCUCUUGUCCUCCUACAGGAGACACACCCUGAGCAGGAGGCGUAUCAUCCCCCUGCCCCAGUGGAAGGCCAACCCAGAGACGGACCCGGAGGCCCUGUUCAGUAAAGACCAGCUGGUGCUGGCCCUCUACCCCCAGACCACCUGCUUCUACAGAGCCCUCAUCCACACACCCCCACACCGGGUGAGACAUGGAAAGGGAGAGGAGGGGGGGACUGAUUGAUGUCAUUUGAAUACAUUUUAUUUGAUGACAAAACUACAUGAAGCUGGUUCAGUUGGAUAAAAUUUUACUGUACGCCAAUCCCUGCAUCCAGGAAGGCCCCUCGCUUGGCAGCUUCCCCUCCAGUAAUCCUAACCUUAACCAUUAGUGGGGAAAAUGCUAAACUGACCCCAAAUUAGUGAACCCUGUUCUCCCCACUAACCACCAUGUUCUCUCUGCUCUCUCAGCCCCAGGACGACUACUCAGUGCUGUUUGAGGACACGUCGUACGCAGACGGCUACUCCCCGCCCCUCAACGUGGCUCAGAGAUACGUGGUGGCCUGCAAAGAGAACAAAAAGAAGUAA